UCUGAGUGCACUAGAACGAGGCUCUCUAGCGGGGCACAAGCAGGCGCGGUGCCUGAAGUUCAGCGCGCCGGAAUGAUGAUGUCUGCAGAUCUUCCAGAAACAAGUCAGACCAUUAAAGUCAAAGAGACCGCUAGAGCAAGAAACAAGGAGCUGUCACAACAUCAUAAAGAUGGACGAAAUCAGCCCUUAAAAUGACUGAGCGAAACAAAACAGAAAUGGGAAGUACCAGGAAGAGAGCACGGCGCUUUUUGGAGAUCAUCACGGUUCUCGCGCUCUGUGCACCGCACGCCAGCGGUCGAGGACCCGUUGGUGAUGCCCUUGCUGAUUCCUUGUCAUCAGUUGGUGGGACGUUACCUCACUUCCUGCAAGAGCCUGAGGAUGCUUACAUAAUCAAAAACAACCCGAUUAAGCUGCGCUGCCGUGCCACCCCAGCCCUGCAGAUAUUCUUCAAAUGCAACGGGGAAUGGGUACAUCAAAACCAGCAUUCCUCACAAGAGUACAUGGAUCAAAACACUGGGGUAAAAAUCCGCGAAGUGACGAUCAAUGUUACCAGGCAGCAGGUGGAGGAUUUUCAUGGGCCGGAAGACUACUGGUGCCUGUGUGUGGCCUGGAGUCAUCUAGGAACAUCCAAGAGCCGCAGAGCCACCGUGAGGAUAGCCUACCUCCGCAAGAACUUCGAGCAGGAUCCUCAAGGGAAGGAAGUGCCAAUCAAGGGCAUGAUUGUGCUGCAUUGCCGUCCCCCAGAGGGAGUGCCCAUGGCAAAGGUGGAGUGGUUGAAAAAUGAAGAACUGGUCAGCGCACUUGAAGAUGACAACAUUGACACUCGUGCUGACCACAAUCUGAUCAUCAAUGAAGCCAGACUUUCCGACUCUGCCAACUACACCUGCCUCGCCACUAACAUCGUCGCAAAAAGACGCAGUACUACAGCUACUGUAGUUGUGUUUGUGAACGGCGGUUGGUCUCUGUGGACUGAGUGGUCUUCCUGCAGUGUGAACUGUGGGAGAGGAGUUCAGAAACGCUCUCGGACCUGCACGAACCCUGCUCCUCUGAACGGAGGGGCUUUCUGCGAGGGCAUGUCUGUCCAGAAGAUCGCCUGCAAUGCAGUCUGUCCAGUGGAUGGAGUUUGGGAGGAGUGGAGCGAGUGGACGAUGUGUAGUGCGCAGUGUGAGAGACAGCGAUGGAGGGAGUGCAACGAUCCUCCACCCCGUCACAGAGGCAAGAUGUGUGAGGGAGAAGGUCAAAGCACAGAGAACUGCACUGGAGGAUUGUGCACGCAAAAUGGAAAGCUGAUGCAUGAUGUUAAGCCACAGAGCAUGGAGAACUCAAUGGAUGUAGCGCUGUACUCUGGUUUGGCUGCGGGUGUGAUCGCUGUGGUUGUCCUCAUCGUGGCCAUUACCCUCUACAGGAAGAGCCAGAGCGAGUAUGGAGUGGACGUCAUUGACUCAUCAGCUCUCGCUGGAGGAUUCCAGUCCUUCAACUUCAAAACCACCAGACAGGGCAAUCCACUUCUACUGAAUUCCUCCAUGCAGCCUGAUAUAACCGUCGGCCAGACCUACAGCAGCCCAAUCUGCUUUCAGGACUCCAUCGACAAAGAGCUCUUUGACCCCUUGCCCGACAAGGUCAAAGUUCAAAGCUCCUUUAUGGUUUCACUAGGUGUGGCAGACCGGGCCGAGUACCAUGUAAAAGCUCAUCCACAAACCCUCCCUGCAAACCUUCACCCAAACUACAGCAUGGUAGAAGGAAAGAAGACGGCCACAAUGGCUCCCAAUGGACUUCACACCCCCGGGAAGAUUCAGCUGAAGACAAGCGCUGUGUUUGGACACCUGGGUGGCCGAUUAGUCAUUCCAAAUGCAGGAGUGAGCUUGCUGGUUCCUCACGGGGCGAUUGCUGAUGACACCUCUUGGGAAAUGUACAUGCUCAUAAAUCAAGGAGAGACUAGUGCCCAAUCAGAGGAGAGGUGUGAGAUUCUACUGGGGCCAGAGAUCACAUAUGGACCUCCGGGCCUAAGCCUGUCCUGUCCUGUUGCCAUGACGAUAGCUCAUUGUGCUGAAGUCAGCGCCGAAAACUGGAACAUUAAACUCAAGAGACAAACCAAGGACAACAAGUGGGAGGAAAUAAUGUCAGUAGAUGAUGAAUCAACCUCCUGCUAUUGCCUGAUGGACUCACAUAGCUGUCACUUGUUGCUGGAUCAGCCGGGCUGUUAUGCGCUGGUGGGGGAGCCAAUCACCGAUGCCGCCAUAAAGAGACUAAGGAUUGCUGUGUUUGGCAGUAUGGAGGCUUCCUCUUUGGACUACAGCCUGCGAGUGCACUGUGUAGACGAUACGCCACAUGCCUUUCAGGGAGUGGUCACAGCUGAAACCUGCAGAGGAGGUCAGCUUUUAGAAGAGCCCAAGACACUGUUCUUCAAAGGAAACUGCCUCAGUCUGCAGGUGUCCAUCCAGGAUAUCCCUCAGUUUCUGUGGAGCAUCAAACCCUUCACCACCUGUCAGGAAUUCUCCUUCACCCAAGUGUGGUAUAGUAACCAGCAGCCUGUGCACUGUGCCUUCUCACUGCAGAGACAUAGCGCCGCCACCAACCAGCUCUCCUGCAAGAUCAGUGUGCGGCAGGUCAAAGGUCACGAGCAGAUCCUGCAGGUCUACACCUCAGUGGGAGAGAAUGAGAAAGAGACAGUCCCAUUUUUUAUGCAGGCAGAUUGCACGGUGACUUCACAGACAGGGGCCAAAGCCUUCAAAAUCCCCCUGUCCAUUCGUCAGCGGAUCUGCACCACCUUCGAUACUGCCAACGCCAAGGGCAAGGACUGGCAGCUCUUAGCUCAGAAACUCCACAUUCAGAGGAAUCUGUCCUACUUCACCAAACAGAAGAGUCCCUCUGCUGUCAUUCUCAGUCUCUGGGAAGCCAGACAUCAGGACAGUGGAGAUCUUGACUCGCUCGCAAGUGCUUUGGAGGAGAUUGGAAAGAUUCACUGUAAAAGUCUGCCUCAGAGUCCAGAUGAGAACGAAACAGACUUUACGUUUUGAGGGACGACGGAAAACUUCAUGUGUUUCACCAGACACAACUCAAUUUGGAGUCCAAGUGGAACGGAGCUGAGGUGCAUCCAGUCUGAGAGGAGACCGGGAACAGAUGCGAGCGCUCACUUAUCUGUACAUGUGCAAAGUUGGAAUAAAUUUGGCAAAGCUUAGACGUCAGAGUGCCAAGCCAUCGCAUCUUACACAAAAUUCCGCCUUAGCCUUUCCUGUUUUGUUUUUUAUUGUGUGGGAUUAGAUAGGUGCAGGCUUUUCUCGUGCAUCUUUUCCAACAGUUGCACAGUAUUUAGACCCCAUCUGCAUGUGAUCACUGACGUGCGCUUUGUUUGCACUAUAUGAUGUAUCGAGAAGGCAAGAAAGGGAAGUACACUCCUGCCUUUUUUGCACAUCACGCAUUGUGAACGUGGCUCACCAUGUUCUUUUGUUUCCAUUGUUGUUUUAUUGCCUUUUUGCCGUCCUAAUAGGAUCAGCUGAUGAAUAACAUGAGGUAUUCUAACUUUGUUUUCAGCUAUGGCAGAGUGACUGCGCAGUAGAAAUGAAUCUCAUUCAUGCAGGUUAGGGGCUAAAAAUCAAUUACGUUCCUCCCUCUGAAAAUGCAUAACCCACCCGUGUGCUCGAAUGCAUUACUGUUCCUGUGAGCGAAUAUGAGUCAUCAGGAACAGAGAGCACUACUAUAUCAUGCCUUUUAUAGUGAGCGUCAGGCUUGAGACUAAUAUUGACCAGAAGCAGGGUUGGCUUAAGCCAUGCAAACGGCAGCACAUCCCUUUUGUUAACACUUCUGGCUUUCUUUUGAAAUGCGGCUGAAAAGGAAGAGACUUUUGUAAAAUGAAGCCUGUCUUAUCUCCUCUGACCAAAUUCCUCCGUGCGGCGUCAAACACAAUAGGGCAACAUGGGCCGCUGAGCAGGGAGAGUUAUAAUUAAGGUCUGAUAAAAGGAAAGCAGCUAUGUGGGGUGAAAUGCCGUCAAGUACAGGAGAGAAAAAAAAAAGUUAUGUUCUUCUUUUCAUGUCAUCUAUCUCAUUAACCUUCUCUCUCAAACAGAAAUGCCUCCAAGAGCUCAUUUAAGUUGUUUUUAUAGAAGUGGUUACACUUGUUAUUUAGUUUCUUGGUUCUUAAAGGGAAAUUAUAUGUUUCUGAUUCACUUUGCAUUCAUACUGUCAUUUUAAACAGAACUUACUGGACAUCCAAUACAAUGCUUUGUGUGGGGUAUGAAAAGGAGUCAAAACAGCACCAGGAAUUUCUCCAUCACACUCAUAAAUGAAGGUCUGCUCCUUUGCGCAUCUCUCAUGCUUGUAUUGAACUGUAAUUGGCAACGUUGUAGAUGUGGCAAGAAAAAAAAGGUAUGCAUGAACAUUCUGUCCUAUUAAGGGUGGGAUCCUAUGACAUAUUAUCGUAUUUUUGGUUCAUUUUGUGUUCAUAUUUUAGUUGAACUGCACCGGAGUUGGAGCGAAGUGGACCGAAACCUAGGGCUGGGCGAUUUGACCUAAAAUCAAAAUCUUAAUUAAUUAAACAUUUUGACUCUAUUUUGAUUAAUGACCGAAUAUUAUAUGUUUAUUUAUUUAUUUUUUGCCCCUCACAUGGUUUGUACAGUAAAUAUGCGGACAUUUUAAAAGUGAGAGAUUUUUGAAUGAAGGGUGCAUUACUUGAUUUAAAAUUAUUGAAGGAAACACACACUAUCUACUAUCUAUGAUUAUUUAUUGACCCUCAAUGUUGAAAAACUUAAAUGGACCCUUCGCUAAGCCCCACCCUCCUUAGUUACUGUUGCUACUCCUGUCAAGCUUUUGUGCCUGCAACGUCUAUUACAAUGUGUAUGCGCCAGUGUCAGACAUUGCCAGGGAUAUAAUUAGUCAUUUUUGGCAAACAGGUGGGAUAUACGAGACAGCCAGACAAAAAUGGUAUGCAGUAUGCAUUACAAGGGUAUAUUCACGACAUAAUAGCAACCGAUUAGAAAAUGAUUUAAUCAAAAUUGAAGCUAGCUUACCCUAGCUGCCUCAUACGCCGACCAUUCUACAGCUUAGUUCAUGCACAGCAGGAGAGGUGAAAUUAAAACAUAAUCGAAUAAUAACAAAUUAAACCGUAAUU